GGUGCUGAGGGGAUACUAGAUCAUAUAUAUAUAUAUAAUAUAUAAAUACUAUUAAUACAUUUGCAAUAUUUAUUGGGGUCCUAUCGGGGUGCUUUGGUCUUUCUUGGGUGUGCUGAAGCACCUGCUAACCCCUCCCUAGCGCCGCCAAUGAUUCUACAUGACACAUAAAUUGAGAUUUAAUAAAGGCGGUGGGCAGAAUGCAGGGCAAUAAUGAGUGAUGAACUUGGGGUGGCGGGCGAGAUCGUAACAUUACUGCGCAGUGUGCGGCGCACAGGGUACGUUUUAGAGACUCCUCACAACACUCGGCUCUCGGACAGGGAAAGAUGGACUCCUUCAGUUCAGCGGCAAAUGACGGAGUUUUUCCUCGGGAUCGACCGUCGUCUAUCAAUUCUUUUGACCAAGGAUCCACACAGUCAAGUUUAAUGCGUGAAGGGCCACCAGCAACAUUUAGUUUUCCAUCCGUAUCAUCGUGCGUAAAGUACGGAGAUCGUUUCAACUUGAGCGCCUCAGCUGCGGAGAGCAGCGGUGGGGAGCAGAGUCAGGACGACGAUAGUGAUGGCAUUGGCAGGAGUGACAUGGUACUAUUUCCCGAGGAGAGACUUUUGCUAUCUAUGGGUAAAUGUGAGACAGGUAAAAAACACAAAGAGCAGAAGGUCCUGAGGCUAAACAUUAACGCGCGCGAGAGGAGAAGGAUGCACGACCUGAACGACGCACUCGAUGAAUUACGGUCGGUAAUCCCUUAUGCUCACAGCCCAUCAGUACGGAAGUUAUCCAAAAUUGCAACCUUGCUCCUUGCAAAGAACUACAUCCUCAUGCAAUCGCAAGCACUGGAUGAAAUGAGAAGACUGGUUAGCUACCUUAACCAAGGACAAGGCGUUACUCAUACCACUGCAAAUACGGCUGGUGGCCCCGGGUUAGGUGUCUACGAGCAACAGACACAAUACCCGUUCUCUGCUGGGAUUCAAGACCCUUAUCGUGACAAAUGUGUUGUUUUCCCAUCGAGACUCUUAAAAGAAUUCAACAAUAAACCUUGAAAAAUGCAUCCCUAUCUUCAUGCUUCAUGUGCUUAACUGAGGUUGAUGACAAAGCACAAUUAAACAACAUGGACUGAAAUGUAAUUUACAAAUUCUUCUAGCUUACUAUUGACUUCUACUAUUUAGGUAUCGAAAUUAUCCCAACUAAUAUUUUUAUUACCAAGGACAAUUUGGUAAAAAAAUUAUUUAUAUGUCUUGAUGAAGCCAAUGUAUGUGAAAUUAAUUUUACUGUUGAUACUGAUAGAGGAUUUAUGUGUUUCGUGAGAUACUGAACUAUGUCUCUGAAUUGAUUGAAAUAAAUGUGAACAAAUAACGCAAAACCUUGAAUGUGGUCAAGAAAUUAAUUAAACAAGAAAUAUGAGAAAGAUAUUUACUUAAUUUCUAUGCAUUUUAUCUGACACUUUCUGUGAAAAUAGAAACAAUCUUGGUAAAUUAUAUCAGCACCAGGUAGCCUACAGCAGCCCCAAGAAAGAAUUAAGAUGCUUUUUUUUGUGUCAAAUGUAACUGACUGUAAUUGUAAUCAAACAGAUAAUUUCAAGUCAAAAGCGAAAGAUUCAAAUCCUAUGGAUGUAACACCCUUCUAAUGGUUUAUUUUGUUUUAUUUCAUAAUUGUGAGUAGCGUUUGAAAUUUGAAAGACAUUUGAAUAUAAAACAUUGAAUGGUCGAUUAA